AUGGACAAGGCGUCGCUGCUGAGCGACGCCAUCGCGUACAUCCCGGAGCUAGAGGAGCGCCUCCGGGGCGGCGCGGCGGGGCCGGCGCCGGCGCGGGCGGAGGCCGGCCCGUCCGUGGAGGUGAAGGCAAUGCAGGACGAGGUGGUGCUGCGCGUGAGCACCCCCCUGGACGCGCACCCCAUCUCCGGGGCGCUGAGCGCCAUGCGGGACUCCCAGCUGAGCGUGGUGGCGUCGAGCAUGGCGGUGGCGGACGACACCGUCACGCACACGCUCGUGGUGCGGUCGGCGGGCGCCGACCGGCUCACGGCCGAGACCGUGCUGGCCGCGAUUUCCCGUGGGGUGAUGAUGAGCGCCACCCCCUCCCCGUGA